GACCCCCGCCCUGCGACCCCCGCCAUGGGCAAGCGCCGCGGCCAGAGCCGGAGCCGGCUGCUCGGCUCGCUCAGCAAGAAGCAGAAGAAGCACCUGCGCGACUUCGGCGAGGAGCACCCGUGCCGCGACAGGGUUCCCAGGAAGGAAGUCAAGCCGCAGGCCUGUGAGCUGGCCGAGAGCUCAGAUUCACCCAGUUCUGACAGCGAAGAGGAGAACGAGCCACAGCCCGUCUCUGGGUACCACCGGUUGCUGGCCACCUUGAAGAGUGUUCCCGAGGACUCGGAGGAGGGUGAAGACUCCUCCACCGGCGAGUCUGCCGUGAGCGACAGGGAUGAUGGCAGUGAAGACAGCGCAGAGGAAGAGGUGGCAGGCGGGGCUGCACAGCAGGAGGCCACAUCCAGGCCUGCUAGCCUCACGGGCCGCAUGGGGGAUGGGGCCCCAGGUUCCCCACAGCAGGAGUCCCCGAGGGAAUUUGCCGAUACCAAGCACGAGUCCCUCUUCAGCCUGGAAACGAACUUUCUAGAAGAUGAGAACGUGGGCAGCAGCGCCCUGGAGGGCUCCCAAGACCCUUUCCUUCAGCACGUGAGCCGAACACUGAGAGAGAAGGAUGUCCAGGCUGCUGCCUCCGCCCCCCCGAGCAGCUGGUCUCUGCAGUGGCCGGUGCUGGGCCAGCUCGUGCUCUCCUCCAGGUUCCAGCAGCCGGAGGCCCUCAGGCCCCCACGGGAUGUGGCCCUGCAGUCACUGCAUCUGCACAAGCCCCUCGAGUCCACCUGGCCUCGGACCAAUGGCGUGGCCCCCGGCCCCUUCACGCCCCUCCAGAGGGAGCUGUUCUGGGUGAUGAACUCGUACCGAGACCUCUUCUUCCCCGAGCGCUCGGCGCUGGGCUGUGGCGAGGAGGUGAGGCGCGUGUACUGCUUGCACGCGCUCAACCACGUGCUCAAGGCCAACGCCCGUGUCCUGGCCAACAACGGGCUUCGCCGGGUGCACGGACCACAGGCCCGCACCGACGACGACGCCCUCCGGGACCAGGGGCUCACUCGGCCCAAGGUGCUGAUGGUGCUGCCCUUCCGGGAGUCGGCCCUGCGCGUGGUGCACCUGCUCAUCAGCCUCCUGGAGGGCGACAGCGGGAAGAAGAUGGUCGUGAGCAACAAGAAGCGGUUCCAGAGCGAGUACGGUUCUGAGCCCGGGGAGCGGCCGCCCACCCUGAAGAGGCCCGAGGAUUACGAAGCGGUGUUCGCGGGCAACAUUGACGACCACUUCCGGAUCGGUGUGGCCGUGCUCCAGCGCAGCCUCCGCCUCUAUGCCCCCUUCUACUCCUCCGACAUCCUCCUGGCGUCCCCCCUGGGCCUGCGCACCAUCCUGGGGGCCGAGGGAGACAAGCAACGGGACUUCGACUUCCUGUCGUCCAUCGAGCUGCUUGUUAUUGACCAGGCUGACGUCUUCCUGAUGCAGAACUGGGAGCACGUGCUGCACCUCAUGGAGCACAUGAACCGGCUGCCCCUCGAGGCCCACGGCGUGGACUUCUCACGGGUGCGCAUGUGGAGCCUCAACGGCUGGACCCGCUACUUCCGCCAGACUCUGCUGUUCGGGGCGCUGCCGGACCCGCAGAUCAGUGCAGUGUUCAGCAGGUUCUGCCUCAAUGCAGAGGGCCAGGUGGCUGUGAGGAACGUCCCAGUGACCGGUGCCAUCAGCCAGGUGCUGCUGCAGCUCCCACACGUCUUCCAGAGGAUGGAGGCCACGGACGUGGAGUCCAUGGCCGAUGCCAGGUUCCGCUUCUUUGUGGACAAGGUCCUGCCUCAGUACCAGGAUGCGGUCAUGUCCCACACCCUCAUCUAUGUCCCGUCCUACUUUGACUUUGUGCGGCUCCGGAACCAUUUCAAGCGGGAGGAGCUGAGUGCCACGCACAUCUGCGAGUACACCCGCAGGCCGGCCGUGUCCCGCGCCCGUCACUUCUUUCUCCGCGGGGAACGGCAGUUUCUGCUUCUCACCGAGCGCUUCCAUUUCUACAAGAGGUACACCAUCAAGGGCGUGAGGAACCUGAUCUUCUACCAGCUGCCUACCUACGGGCACUUCUACAGUGAGCUGUGCACCAUGCUGGGGGCCACGGGCAUGGGGGAGCAGGCCUGGACAUGCACUGCCCUCUACUCCCGCUACGAUGCCCAGCGCCUGGCAGCCGUGGUGGGUGCAGAGCGGGCGGCCCAGAUGCUGCAGUCCACGAAGAGUGUCCACCUCUUCGUCACUGGCGAGCGGUGAGGCCACUGGAGCCUGACCCGGGCCCACGAG